AUGGCGUACUACAGAAAAUGCAUUGAAACAGUGAUUGAGCAGCUCAGCAAAUUUAAGCCUGAGAAGGACAGCCCAGAACAGUUCCUGGAUGCUGUGACCCUGGUCCUACAGACGCUGAGCCCCCCAAAGCGGGCAUUUAUCUUGGAGGUUCUGUCUGGGUGUCUGGAGUACCGGAAGUUACUGAAAAUCGUUGUGGAUGCCUUCUACGUGCGAGACGGGCAGUUCUGCCUGUGGGUGGACUACAGUCUCUUUGAAGUGAUCUGCUACCUGGCCACUUUCCAGCUGGAGGAGCUUGGCUUCCAGCUCUUCCGCAAAAUCAUCAAGUCGCAGCCCCUGGACAAGAUGCGCAAGUUCCUCGGGUUCCUCUUCAACCCCCUGCACCUGUGCUCUUGGAUCAAGGAUGAGUGGAGCCUGCUCUAUGAGACUACCCAUGUCAAGGAGAACUGGAUCGAUCCCCUGAUGAGGUGGCAACCAGAGAUUCAGGAACUGAUCAAAGAGCUGGAGGCAGUGUUGGCCAAUCAGGCCCCUGUGGUGAAGACCAAGGCCAAGGUCACAGAGCCUCAGGAGUUCAAGCUAACUGCCCCCAGGCCUCACACUAUCCCAGUACCCCAGCCGGUGCCCAUAGUGGCCAAGCCCAAGCCAAUCCCGAAGAGCACCUAUGAGCUGCCCAAGGAGCAGCAGCUGCUUGAGAUCAUUAAGAGGUAUAACCGCCGGAAGGCCGAGGAACGUCUGCUGAAGGCAAAUGUGAAGGAGCUCCACUGUGCCACGCCCAGAGGCUGUUGGGACCAUGUGCAGGGCUCCAAAAGGCCUCAGUUCCAAGCGCCACCCCGGAUCCGCAGGACACCCAAACUGACCUUCUACAAGCCCAGCAAUAGCCCAGUCAAGCUGAACACCACGGCCAUCUUACGAGAAGGGGCUCUGUACCAGCGGCAGGUGGAGAAAGAACUGCAGAGGGUUGACAAGCUUGUGGAUGGGGCGGGGGACUUCUCCGAGUUCCUUGAGUGGCAGAAGAAGAUGCAGGAGAAGGACCAGGAGGAGCAGCUGGCCGCAAAGGAGUGCCGGAGACUGCAGGGGAAGCUGAGCCACGAGGAGGCCAUCCUAGCCCGGCAGAACCUCAGGCGGGACAACAAGCAGAAGGUGGACCAGAAGAAGGAGGAGACAGCGGCACUGAUGCAACUGUGUGCGGAGAGGGAGCUCCAGGAGCAGAGAUCCAUGAAGGAGCUGGUGGAGCAGGUGAUAGAAGCUCAGAAGAACGUCAAGGCGGCACAGCUGAAGCUUCUGAAGGGCCGCCGACAGGCAGCUCAGGAGGUGAUGGAAGAGAGCCGGGCGCUGCUGCAGCAAAGUGCCCAGGAGGCCAGGGAGCAGCAGCGGCAGAGGUGUGUCCUCAUCUCCCAGCUGCGUGCUAUGGAGACGCAGCCCACGCGCAAGGGCAAGCUUGUGGACCUGACCCAGAUCCCUGGGUACGGGCUGGAGGGCGAGAUGUCCAUUGUGGAGCUUCACGAGCGCCUGGCUCUGCUCGGGGAGACCCAGCAACGUGCCCAGGAAGAGAGACGCGAUGAAAUCAUCCAGGACAAGCGUGCCCGGAGCCAGGAGCUGCAGAAUGUCAUGGAGCGCAUCUCGCUGUGCCGUGCGGCCAUGGGUAGGGCCGCUGCCCUGAGGUGGGAGGAGAAGAAAGGCCCUGCAGUGUCCCCAGGCUCCCAGGACGAGCGUGUGCUGGAGUUACAGAACCGCAUCCAGGAGAAAGCGACUGAGCGCCGAAGGCGGGAGAUAGCGCUGCACGAGGCAGCGCCACGAACCAUGCGUCGCAAGCCUAGGGCGCAGCUGGAGGCGCAGCACUGGCUGGAGCUGGAGCAGAGCCGGGAACGGAGGCUGAAGGCCGUGCAGCAGGGCAGUGUGCGCAUGAGCUACCCGCCCUCCCACCACCCACCCCUGCAGCCACGCCCUCCAGUCACUAAGCCCCUUGCAGCCCCACCCACACGCCUCGCCCUUCCAGCGCCACACUCUCUGCUCUACCGGACCCCUGCAUGUCAACCCCAUGUCCUGCUAGCCACACCUCGUUCCUGGCACCUCUGGGGGGUCGGCUUCCAACAUGCCCCACGGACCACAACUCCCAAGAGGCCUUGGGAGCUGGCUGGCGACCGUAGGGCGGCUCUCCCGCUCCGCGGCCUGCUAAGGCCUCAGCGUCCCGCGGCUCGGGAGCCGCCUCUGCACGGCGCUGAUCCACCCAAGGGCCCGAAGCCGGGCCUUCUCCCCGAGGUUCCGGGCUACGUGGACGCCCGGUCCCCUCCCCGGGCUGCGCCUAGGUAUCGAGCCCGACGCAGGGCGGCAGCGGAAGUGGCGAGGCUUCUGUCUGUGCCCGGAUUCCUUCUGGCAAGCAUUGAUCGCUGGGCUUAA